CCCAGCACCCGGAGUUAGUUGGGUUAACUAGCUAGCAAUUUAAAUUGGAAUCUGAGCGGCUUGCUAGCCAACGCAACUCCGGUUAGCUUGCGUUAGCUUAAUAUAUCUGGUUUGUUUCUCCUGUAUCGAGGAAUGAUUUGGAUGUUAGAGCUGAUGUUGGUUUUGCUGAUGGGCGAGCCUGCUGCAGUACAGUCAGAGAACAAUGCCCGUCGUCUAGAUUUCUCCUGCUCCGCCGGCAUAUGAGGCACCAGGCUGUAGGAACCGUGGUAGCAUGGAGGACACCUGAGGACGGCUGGACACAUUGGAUGGCUCAGUCGACCUCCAGGAGCCGGGCUGAUACCAGAGAUUGAACUGAUACUGCUGCAUGCAUUUGGCUGUAGAUCUGUGCUUGGAUCCAGUCCAGCUGUGUAUGCUUUUGUGUCCUGAGGAAAACUAUGCUAUGCAGCAUGGGGCUUCUACAGAAAUGCUGUGCUGCAUAGCCUUGAAGCAGGACUGGUUGCCUCUAUCUAAGGCUGUAUGCUAUUAAAUUCAUAUAGAGGUGAUCCAGAGUUAAGUGAAGAGGAAUAACAUUUUAAAACCACAAUUUUCUCAUUUCUAUUCAACUGCACUUGUCACUGAUGUACAUAAUGCACAGUAUAAAGCACUAACUUGGCACGGGACCCAACAGGUUCUUCACCUCUGUCUGCACCUCUCAAGUAAAAAGAGCCCUAAUGUUUACAAAUUGGGAUUGAUCCCCCACCUCCUCCCUCAACUCUCAGGCGCGAUUACUCCCUUUCCCAUAGUCAGUAUUUUGUAAUUUGUCUGUAUUCCAUCUUGUGGAAUUCAUAUACUGGGCUCAGAACUGAAAGUUUACCAGUGGAAUACUCUCCAAUAGCAGUUACAGCUACUUGCGUACAUCUUUUUGCACAGGGGGUUUAAGCUGUGGCUGCCGAACUAUUAGUCAUGAGUACCGGGGAGCUGCAUCAUCUUGACUAUCUAAAUGAAAAUGAACUGAUGGAGAUGGAUACUUUCAUUCACCGCAUUGACUCUACAGAGGUGAUCUACCAGCCACGGAGGAAGAGGGCAAAGCUGAUAGGAAAGUACUUGAUGGGGGAUCUGCUAGGGGAGGGAUCUUAUGGCAAAGUGAAAGAGAUGCUGGACUCAGAGACUCUUUGUCGCAGGGCUGUCAAGAUACUAAAGAAGAAGAAGCUGAGGAGGAUUCCUAAUGGAGAAGCCAAUGUGAAAAAGGAGAUUCAGCUGCUAAGAAGACUCCAACACAAGAAUGUGAUUCAGUUGGUGGAUGUCCUCUACAAUGAAGAGAAGCAGAAAAUGUAUAUGGUGAUGGAGUAUUGCGUUUGUGGGAUGCAAGAAAUGCUGGAUAGCGUCCCAGAGAAAAGGUUUCCAGUAUUUCAAGCUCACGGGUACUUUUGCCAACUCUUAGAUGGCCUUGAAUAUUUGCACAGCCAGGGAAUAGUUCACAAAGACAUUAAACCAGGGAAUCUGCUGCUGACCACAGACGGGGCACUUAAAAUCUCCGACCUGGGAGUAGCAGAGGCCCUUCACCCAUUUGCAGAGGAUGACACAUGUCGCACCAGUCAGGGCUCUCCGGCCUUCCAGCCUCCAGAGAUUGCCAAUGGACUGGACACCUUUUCAGGGUUUAAAGUAGACAUUUGGUCUGCUGGUGUAACACUAUACAACAUUACAACGAGUCUGUAUCCAUUUGAGGGGGACAACAUCUAUAAGCUAUUUGAGAACAUUGGAAAAGGAGACUACACUAUUCCCGAAGAGUGUGGACCCCUCUUGUCAGACCUGCUGCGAGGAAUGCUUGAGUACGACCCCGUGAAGAGGUUUUCCAUACAGAACAUAAGGCAACACAACUGGGUGCGUAAGAAACACCCUCCGUCUGAGCCCCCUGUGCCCAUCCCUGCCAGCGCAGAGAGCAGGGACCCUUGGCGGAGUAUGACGGUCGUGCCCUACCUGGAAGAUCUGCAUGGGUACACAGAGGAUGACGAUGACGAGCUCUACGACGGAGAGGAUGAGAUCAUAUACACUCAGGACUUCACAGUGCCAGGACAAGUGGCUGAGGAACAUCGGGAUCAGGGGAACGCAGACCACAGUCCAGCUGUAGCCAAGCCAGUUUGUGUGAACGGGACAGAGGGGGGUUCUCUGAACAGCAAGGCCAAAGCCGAACGCCGGUCUUCCUCCUCGUCCAACCCCUCACGCAAAGGAGUCUCCACAGCCAGCAAGAUCCGCAAGCUUUCCACUUGCAAACAGCAAUGACCCCUCCCCUUCCUCCCUCGGCAACAAUCCACCUGGUUUACCUGUCCCCGUCCUUCUGUGUCUGGAGUCCUCACAGUUGUGAGAGAAACCUGCUGACAUUAAUGCCCCAUACCUCCUUGGACCACUGGCCUGCAGAGUCUUUUGAAGAUGCGGUAUGAGUGACGGGGAGGAGGAGGACAGCAUGAAAUGUUCUUUUUGCUCUGAGACUGAGGCACUGGCUGUGAAGAUGGUGGUUUUUUUUUUUUUUUGGUUUUGUUUUGUUUUGUUUAUUUGUUUGUUUUUCUCCAAAAUUUUGGCUUCUUUCAACUCAUGUCAUCCACUUCUGUUGUCUGGUUCUGGUCAUUUCCCUGCCUCCAUGCUGUCAUCCUCUUUUGGAGGGCCAAGUGUUGCACCGAACAUUACAAACACCAUCACACCUGUACCCCAACCGCCCACCCCUACACCCCACCUUCUGUUUCUUUGACUACCUUUGUUUUUACAGAACCCUAAUGGCAGUUUUUAAGACACAUUGUGAUGUGUAAAAAAAUUAAAAAGAAAAAAAGUAACAAAAUUUAUGAAUAAUUCUAUAUUUAAAUCUCUAUGAUAGUACUCUACUACCACCAACAUAAAAAUUGCAUGCUGUACAGAGCUGGAAGAAAGGGAAAGUGCUUGUUUUGUGGAAAGACUGACAGACUGAAGCCUUGAGAUCCACUGCUGACCUGUUGGGGAUUUUUGAUUUCCAUUUAGGUUUUUUUUCUUUCUUUUUUCCAAUGAACAUUUUUUAAUUAUUAUUUAUAUAAAAUAUGUCCCAAACAG